CUCUCUCUCUCUCUCUCUCUCUCUCUCUCUCAUCCAGAACCAGAAUCGAAUCGAAGGCAAAUUAAACCAAUAUAGACACAGCCUUACCUUGCCCUAAUAAUGUCUCUUCCUCCAUUCCUCAAACAAUAAAAUAUCUCCAGAUAGCUAGGCGACCUGCUGCACGCAUGGAGGAGGAGCUGCCUGCUCUUGCCAGUGGCUCAAAGGCGGCCACCACGACGCCUUUCUACCUCGCCUUAGAUCACAGAGCUUCGGCCACUUCAUCUUCACCGCCGGCGGAGGCGCCAACACCGCCGCCGCCUUCCGCCGUCUCAGAUCCUUCUAGACAGUCCAACAGCGAGAGGGGAUCCGAAAUAAUCAAAGCCAAGAUCAUGUCUCACCCUCUCUAUCCUGCUCUCUUGAGAGCCUUCAUAGACUGCCGGAAGGUUGGAGCGCCGCCGGAGACUGUCGGCCGGCUUUCCGCCCUCGCCGAUGAGGUCGAAAUGAACUCAGACGACAGACAAGAACAGCGACCAGCAGACCCAGAGCUCGAUCAGUUCAUGGAGAUCUAUUGUCACAUGUUGGUAAGGUACAGACAGGAGCUCACAAGACCAAUCCAGGAAGCCGACGAAUUCUUCAGAAGCAUGGAGGCCCAGAUCGAUUCAUUUUCGUUAGAUGACAAUGGCUAUGAAGAAGGAGGCGGUUCCUCCGACGAAGACGAGCAAGAAACCGGCGACUUGGGCGGCCUGCCGGUCCCAGCUGAGACCGGCAGCCCGUCCGGGGAGGACAAGGAGCUGAAGAGCCGCCUCCUGAACAAGUACAGCGGCUACCUGAGCAGCCUCUGGAGGGAGCUCUCGAGGAAGAAGAAGAAAGGCAAGCUGCCGAGGGACGCGCGCCAGAAGCUCCUCCACUGGUGGCAGCUGCACUACAGAUGGCCCUAUCCCUCGGAGCUGGAGAAGGCGGCGCUGGCAGAGUCGACGGGGCUCGACGCGAAGCAGAUCAACAACUGGUUCAUCAACCAGCGGAAGCGCCACUGGAAGCCGGCGCCACCGACGAUGGGGCUGGCCACAGGAGAUUACAGGUUGGGCUCGCAUGGCGGCGGCGGCGGCGGUUCUAGCAGCUCGGCCAACGCCGGUCUCCGCGUGGAGGGGCAGUACUUCACCGGCGGAAGCUCGUAUCCCCGUGGCCCGUGAGGCCGUGUGACGAUGCAUGCAUAUGUCGCCUCUGGCUGAGCUCGUGAGGUGUCGACAUGGAUUGUUGUCCUGCAUUCAUAUCAGCAUUAUACAUACACAUGCAUACAUACGUGAUCAUUUGGGUAUAGAUGGUGUGUGGACGUGUGGUGUUUCCUAUACAGAAAUUUGAUGGUCUCCUUACUUGCAUUGUUGUUGCUCAUAUACAUACACACAUCUAUAUAUAUGCAGCUAAUUAAUGCCAAAGUUAUAAAGUUGUAACCUUAUUAUUAA